GACCCGAGUGGUUCAUCGUGAAAAAAUAAAAAAAGAAAGAGAAAAACCAUAGACAUCUGGGGUCAUUGCAUUGCAUUCCGCGCAGGGAGAGUGUUGACAUAACGGGAAUUGGAUUGUGUCCGUGUAAGAAACAAAAACACCAUUUCAGAUUAUGAAACGAGGAAUUUAGGUAGAUUUUCCACAACAGAGAGACACUCUCUUCUCUCUCUACCCUCAAAUUUCAAAGACAGAGAAAAAGCGUAUUCGCAUAUCAGAGAUCACAAUUUUAUUUAAUUUUUUAUAAAUUUUGGGAGAAUGGAGGAGGCAAAGGCAUUGCACCAGCAACAGCAACAGCAGCAGCAGCAGCAGCAACAGCAACAACAGCAACUUCUGUUACAGCAACGGCAACAACAACAUUUUCUGCUCUUACAGCAGUUGCAGAAGCAGCAACAUCAACAACAGCAAGCUGCUGCCAUUUCUCGUUUCCCUUCCAACAUUGAUGCUCACUUGCGUCCUAUCAGACCCCUCAAUCUCCAACAAAACCCUAACCCUAACCCUAGCUCUGCCUCCAACACUAACCCUAAUCCCCUCCUCAAUUUGCAUCAGAACCCUAAUUCCAACCAUCUACCGCAGCAGCAGCAGCAGCAGCAGCCCCAACAAACGCAGCAGCAACCGCAGCAGCAGCAGCAGCAGCAGAAGAUUAUUCGACCCGGGAACCAGAUGGAGCUCCAAAUGGCAUACCAAGAUGCAUGGCGGGUCUGUCAUCCGGAUUUCAAGCGUCCUUUCUCUUCUCUUGAGGAUGCUUGCGAGAGAUUAUUGCCAUAUCAUGUUGUGGCAGACUAUGAAGAAGAAGAGGAUGAUAGGAUACUUGAUUCGGACACCACUGGCCAGAUGCUUUCACGGUCUCAGCAGUGGGAUAAUAAUAUUGCUGCAAAAAUUGCUGAGUUCACUGCAACUUUUGAGAAACAAGCACUUGCCUUCAACAUAAUAACCCAAAAGAGAGGUUUGGGGGAAUUCCGGUCAGAGGAGAGAUUGAUGAUUGAGCAGGCACUUCUCCAAGAGGAAAAACGAGCUAUGUUGGAAUUAAGAGCAGAAUUAGAGUCCAGGGAGAAGGCCGGUCGUGAAGCCCAUGAGGCUAAACUACGGAUGGCAGCAAUGCUUCAUGCUGAGCAGGCUCGGGCUGAUUCACAGUCUCAUGCUGAAAUGAUGUCUAGAGCCCCUAUAAGGGGUAGUGCACUGGGGCCCCAAGGCAAUGACAUUGUGAUUGGCCAUGACAUGGGAGAGCAGGAUCAGGGAGGUAACCCAGGUGAGAUGAUGAAUGGAUGGGGAAAUAAUACACAGAGAGAUGAGAAGGAGCCAUCUGAUGAUUUCUUGAAUGAUGAAGCCGAAAAUGGAGACACUGGUACCCAGGAUGGCUGGCGUGAAGUUGGGGAGUUCGAUUUAAAUGCUAGGUGAUUCUCGACACUGAUUAAAUAAAACCUUUUGGGAGAGUUCAAAUUAUGUGUAAGGAAUCAAUAUCCAUUUUAAAAAUCUUUAUCCUGGGUAAUUGGGUACCGUCGACCUCUUCAAGUUAGUAUCUUAAGAUUACUUUCUCGAUCAAAAUCUAUUUCACAUGGGCGGAAGGAAAAACUAAUGUUAUUUGAUAAAUAUUUUAUGCUCUUAGACUAGUGUAGUGCACAUGGUUGGAUCAUUAGGUCCAAACAGUGUUAUAUAAGCAUACAAAUUCAGUCAAAUGUAUAUCUUUAGUUGUCUGGGAGACUCUGGUUUCAUCGAUUUGGCAUCUGAUUUUUCAGGUCCCCGUCAAAUUUUAACUGUCAUUAUAAAAAAAUCAAACUGUAUUUU